CGAACACUGUCAGUACUGGAUGACAUAAACACGCCGACAGACAGGAUCAGAUACAGGUACCUUACCUAUACCCGAUAUGGCGGAGGUUCAGAAGAAGAAGAGUGCUGGGAGCAGCAAAGAUGCUCCCACCAACCCACGAGGAAUUCCCUAUGCGCCCUUUGUCGAUCGUGUGGAAGAUUAUGUUUCGACUCGCGCAGACGUCGAAGGGACUUUGAAGAGUUUUCAGGAGAUGAUUCAGAAAUAUCAAUUCAUGGAAGCCAAUAACAAACGUCGUAUUGGAGGCUUGAAGGAUAAGAUUCCGGAUAUUCAGAAGACGUUGGAGACAGUUCGGUUUUUGCAGAAGCGUGAUGAAGACUCCGAACCCCUCGAAGCAACAUUCGAACUCAACGACACCCUCUUCGCCAAAGCCCACAUUCAUCACACCCAAGAAGUCUAUUUAUGGCUUGGCGCAAACGUCAUGCUCUCCUACCCCCUCCCGGAAGCCGAAACACUCCUCAUUUCCAAACUUGAAACGGCACAGCAGAGUUUGGCAAAUUGUGAAGAUGAUGUUGAUUUUUCGAGGGAGCAGAUUACGACAAUGGAAGUCGCUACUGCAAGAGUGUAUAAUUGGGAUGUUGGGCAGAGGAGGAAGGAGAAAGGGGGUGGUGAUGAUGAUGAUGGGGAUGAUGGGAAGGGAGGUGGUGGGGUGGAGGGGUGAAAUGGAAUGGAAUGGAUGAGAGAGAGAGAGAGAGAGAGAAGUAGGACGUGAUCUUCUUUCUUUCUCUUGAGAGAAGAAAAGAAGAAGAGGAAAAAUCGUUCCUGUUCGAGAGCUAUUAUCAUAGAUAUCUCUGUCCAAGAAAGCAAGCAAGACAAGAGUCC